GUCGUUUCUCUUCUUUUGUCUUGCCUUCGUUUCACUUUCACCGCGUCACGCAGAAAGCAAAGGGGACCACCGUCUUUCUUGUUCCGGCGUUUGUCCUGCGUUUCCCUCCACCAUUUCUUGUUCUAUACUAGCAUUACAUUUCUUCUUUCCGAAGAAAAACCCUGUUCCCUAGCCAUGGCGGAGAUCACCGAGAAGAUAAACGAAGAGGAAGCAAUACCGAUCAAGAACCUGCCUGAGGCCCUCAUCACCGACAUACUUUCAAGGCUUCCGGUCAAGUCUCUUCUAAGAUUCAGGUGUGUAUGCAAAACCUGGUGUGCUCUUAUAGACGAUCCUGCUUUCGUCAAAGAUCAUCUCAAUCAAUCCCUUGCAAGCAAUAGCAACCUCAGACUCAUUUUCAGAGAAUAUUAUCUGUUCUCUGCCGACUUAGAUGCUGGCGAACAACAAGUGGCUGUAAAACUCGAUCAUCCGCUCAAGAGCCCAAACUUCGCAACCGAAGUAGUGGGUUCAUGCAAUGGUUUACUCUGUAUAUCCAACUCUGAGGAGGAAAUUUUCCUCUGGAAUCCUUCUAUCAGAAGGCAUCAUAAGCUUCCCAUUACACCUAUAGAGUAUCCCGAGAGAUUCGACUGUCCCCGUCUCAUUGUUUACGGAUUAGGUUAUGAUCCCACCACCGACGAUUACAAGCUGGUAAGGAUUGUGCAAUUUUAUGGUGACGAUGAGUACUCUUGCGAUUCAGAGGUAAAGGUGUACUCACUUAGGACCAAUUCAUGGAGAAGGAUCAGAGACGUUCCAUACCAUCUCAGCUACAAACGCGGAUUUGGGGUUCUUGCAAAUUAUGGUCUUCAUUGGGUUGCAGUUCGCGAGAGGACGGAACCUGACACUGCCUCAAGUUCUUUCGAUUCCUUUGACCUUCAAGAUGAGGAGUAUUCAGAGGUUCCACAGGCCUCCAGUUUUAUCGUUUCCUUUGACCUACAAGAUGAGGAGUAUCGAGAGAUUCCACUGCGUGACUUUGUGGACGAUGAGUUUCAUAUGAAUGUUGGGGUUCUUGGAGGACAACUCUGCUUGCUCUGCAACUUCUUCAGGGUCCGUGUUGAGGUUGGGUGAUGAAGGAUUAUGGCGUGAGGGAUUCUUGGGUGAAACAAUUCUCCAUCGAACAACCAGCCUUGAUAAGUUCUUUUGAGUACGUCAAACCUAUUUGCUAUUCAAAGAAUGGAGAAGUUAUACUCGAAAAGGAUUUAAAAGCGCCACUUCUUCUGUAUGAUCCUCAUGGUGGAAGGGUUAGGAAUUUUAGGAUUCCUCGUGUUCCAGAUAGGUUUGAAACAGAGAUUUGCGUUGGUAGUCUUGUUCCACUCAAUGACAAAGAUGGAACUGAACAACCAGAAAGGAAGAAAAAGCACAAGAAGCAUAAGAAGAAAAAGAAAAGGGACCAGAGAUCUGAUGUUGGACAUAUGGAGUUUAUUUUUUGAGGUUUGAGGAAGAUGAAACAGGAAAAUUAAAAGUACGGGCAUGAUACAGAGGGCUGACUUUGGAAGUGGAAGGUUAGCAGCGAACUAAUUGAGAACGAGAAACCAAGUGAAAAAGUCAAUCAAGGCAUGGAGUUACAGAAGAUACCCUGUGUGUCCGCAGUACAUAAUAUGUUGACUGUAUUUGGAUAGUUUUGUUCAAUGUUGCCCUUAAGUUUUUCAAUUUUUGUACGGUUUGGAACGUAUCUGCUCACUGAAUUCAAUCUUUUUGUUCAAGAAAUUUAAAAAAGGUCAAUACAACAGUAGUGGGGCCCAUCUUUUAUUGCUUU